ACUUGUCACUGAGCAACACUAUCAAAUUUUAAUUUAGAUUAGUUUGACGCCGAUCAUUUACUUUUACUGAAAAGUGAGAACGGAUAGUGGAAUAAAAGAAACUAGAUCUUACUGCUGAGUGCAGAGUUAUUAAGUUAUGGCAUCUUUAGAUCUUUUAGUGCAGCACUUACCUAAAAUCACAAUUCCAACUUCCCAGCAGUUGGUUUACAAGGAUGAAUGUGUUUAUUCUUUUGACAAUCCGGAAUCGGAGACGGGUCUGUACGUGUCACUAACGUCAUUUUUAGGCUUCGGAAGAAAUUACGUGGAACAAUAUUUCCAGAAAACAGGCAAUGCGGUGUUUUUACACAUACUAAGAGAGAAGAAACCCAUCCCGGAGCCAGAACAAACAGGAGAUGGUCCAGAAAAGAAAAUAACUCGCCUGGCGAUCGGUGUGGAGGGUGGCUUCGACCCUGACUGUGGCAAACCAAAGUACACUUACACAGAACACUACAACGUUGUGGUGCUGCCGGGGUUUCACACAUUCCCCUGGCCUAAUGACGCUUUACCUGACGUGGUAAAGAAAUCUGUUCAGGCUGUGCUAGAUGCGGAUUCUCCAUUCAAACUCGCCGAGGCGGAGGCUUUACACGGCACCUGGGAUGGGGAGAAGCGAGAAGUAUCCGUCCACUCGGUUAACUUGAAGCAGUUAGAUAACGGCGUUAAAAUACCACCUUCCGGCUGGAAAUGUGCCAAGUGUGAUCUGACAAACAACUUGUGGUUGAAUCUGACCGACGGGUCCAUAUUGUGUGGGAGGAGAUUCUUCGAUGGCUCCGGCGGAAACGAUCACGCGGUGGAGCAUUUCCGCGCGACCGGAUAUCCGCUCGCUGUGAAGCUUGGCACGAUAACAGCUGACGGUACUGGCGACGUGUACUCGUACGCCGAAGACGAUAUGGUCGAGGACCCCUACCUGGCGGAACACCUCAAACACUUCGGCAUCAACGUCCAGCAGUUACAGAAGACGGAGAAGUCGAUGGUGGAGCUGGAGCUGGAACUGAACCGUCGUACGGGCGAGUGGAACACCAUCCAGGAGUCUGGAAGUGAGCUGCGACCGCUGCACGGACCAGCACUCACAGGUGUCAACAACCUCGGCAACUCCUGUUACAUCAAUAGUGUGGUCCAGGUGCUCUUCCGUAUGCCGGACUUCAUACGUCGCUACGUGGAAGGCGCGCCAGAGAUAUUCUCGACCUUCCCCGAAGAUCCUGCUAACGAUUUCAACGUGCAGACCGCUAAAUUGGGUGUUGGUCUCAUAUCCGGUCGCUACUCGUUCCCUACAUCCGGCGGCGGGCAGGCGGGAGUGUCGCCUCACAUGUACCGCGCGCUGGCCGGUCGAGGACAUCGAGAGUUCAGCUCCAAGAGACAGCAGGACGCACACGAAUUCUACCUCCAUCUCCUGACCCUUAUUGAGCGUAACAGCCGUCACAAGCCGAACCCGGCGGACUGUUUGAAGUUGACCGUGGAAGAACGUGUCCAAUGUACGGAGUCUCUCGGCGUGAGGUACACCCGCCGCGUGGAACACCACCUACCACUCCCGGUGCCCGUGGCCGCAGCUACCAACGCGCACUUAGUGAGAGAAUACGAACAGAGACGAGCGGCGGCCGAAGCCAGCGGACAGAAGCUAGAUCCGUCUGAAGUGGUCCGUCCCCUGAUACCGUUUCAAGCGUGUUUAGACGCGUUCAUGAAGGAGGAACUCAUUGAGCAGUUCUUUAGUUCAGCUCUCAAUAAGAAAGUUACUGCUCGCAAAAUAACUCGGCUGGCGACUUUCCCCGAUUACCUUUGGAUCCAGUUAAAGAAAUUCACUAUCAAAGAAGAUUGGACACCCGCCAAGCUAGAUGUGGCCGUGGACAUGCCGUGGGAGAUGGACCUAUCAAGCCUGCGUGGACGCGGUCUGCAGGCCUCUGAAUGCCCUCUACCAGACACCUCACCAGAGACCCCCGCCCCUGUCUACAACGAGGAACUGCUGGCUCAACUGUUGGACAUGGGAUUCCCUAUCGAGGCUUGUAAGAAGGCUCUAUACUACAGCAACAACUCGGGUAUGGAGGCGGCGUCUCACUGGCUCAUGGAGCACAUGAAUGAUUGGGACUUCGCCAACAAGUUCGAAGCGCCCGGCGCCAAAUCUGAUGCAGCAGCGGUGGAUGAGGCGAGUUUAGAGCAAGUGACUGGUAUGGGCUUCACGAGGACUCAGGCUAUCAAGGCUCUCACAGCGACCGAUGGUGACGUGGGGCGUGCGCUGGACUGGAUCUUCAGCCACGCUGAACAACUCGAUGAAGAUACUAACCCUGGCUGCAGAGACGGACCGGAGAAAUACAAACUCAUAGCGUUCAUCUCUCACAUGGGAACAUCAACUAUGGUCGGUCACUAUGUGUGUCACAUACUGCAUGAAGGAAGAUGGGUCAUAUUCAAUGACAAUAAGGUGGCUCUGUCAGAGAACCCCCCAAAGGAUCUCGGCUACUUGUACUUAUAUGAGCGGCUGUGAUGUAUGAACCCGGCGAAAGGCCAAUGUCUCAGACUUCGCUGAUGUCUAACAAAGUUCUUUAAGAACUAGCAACCUCACAUCCAGCUAUAAUAUUGGAAUUAGAAAACUAAAAUACACCUAGUGAGGGAAAAUGCAUCUAGAAUAUAAAAUAAUUUUAUAAAUUAAGUAAACAUUAAUUAAUUAUUUUCCCAUGAACUUUCUCAGUUGCUAGUCUGAAAUUCUAAAGUUAGGGCUGUAAUGUACCCUUCGUUUAUUGUUUCCAGUCAUAGAUUUUAUGCCUGAAAUAUAAGACGUAAUUAAAUUAAUUUUUAAUUAUAUAUUUGUUUUAGUGAUCAGAUCAGAACAUUACUCUAAUAAGUAGGAUUAUUCUAACACAUUGUAGCUAGAUGUGAAGGUGAAAAUAUUAUUAUUGUAUGUUUUUUUUAGGGUUCAGUACCAAAAAUGUGUCUCAUUUUUUGUAUUAAAUAUUUUAAUUAUGUAUCGUUACUUAAACGUCUAUAGAAAAUAAGUUUGUUUAGAGAUAAUCUUGCAAAUGACAAAAAGAAACUAUGUCCAUUAUGAGAUGGUGUAUUUAUAUUGAAAUAGAACGAAACCAGAAGCAAUACUCAAGUGAGAAAUUGAUGUCGAAAGUUAAUGAAAUUAAUGAAUCUAAAAUAAUAGACAACGAAAUAAAAGGUAAUUAUAUGUU